AUGCCUUCCAACCAAGCUGCAUGGCUCACCAAGGCUAACGCCCCCCUGGACGUCCGUGAGGCACCAAUGCCCGCUGCUGGACCUGGCGAAAUUGUUGUUCGCAACUUUGCAAUCGCUAUCAAUCCACUCGAUACUCAUAUGCAGAAAAGCGGCAUUUUUGUGCAGCAGUGGCCUGCCGUCUUUGGCUGCGACGUUGCUGGUGAGGUUCACGAAGUUGGCGCUGAGGCGGGCUGGCGCUUUAAAAAGGGUGACCGGGUCAUUGGUCACACUGUAAAUUUGGUCAGCGGACGCCCCGAGGACGGCGCCUAUGCCUUGUACACUGUUGUGCAGGCCAACAAAGCCGCCAUCCUCCCCGAUGAGAUCCCAUUCACCACUGGUGUGGUCGUUCCCUUUGCGCUGGAAGCUGCUACCUGCGCCUUGUCUGUCAAGGUGCCUGGUCCCGCGAUGCCUGGCGUGACUACGCCGGCUCUGGGUCUGCCGUACCCGUCCCUCGACCCCAAGCCUCUGGGCAAGACCCUCGUCGUGUAUGGAGGAUCGUCAUCUGUUGGAUCAAUGACAACACAGCUCGCAAGAGCUGCUGGAAUCCGAGUCAUUGCCACCUGUAGUGCGCGCAACUUCUCUGUAGCCAAGACUGCGGGAGCUGCUGCCGUAUUUGAUUACCACAACUCCUCAUUCGUGGACGCAAUUAUUGACGAAAUUCGUACCUCUGAAGAGGAACUUAUAGGUAUUUUCGACGCCAUCUCCUCUUCAGAGACGUAUGAAAAUGGACUAAAGGUGCUCGGCGCCUUCGGUGGCGGCCAUUUGGCUUGUGUUCAUCCACCUCCCACUGACGUCCCGGGUAGCGUCAAGGCGGGCAUGAUUUUUGCUGUCAGCGACGUGGCCACGCCGGUUUGGCAGGACUAUGUCACCGUGGCUUUGCAGCAGGGUAAACUAAAGUGUCUGCCGUCUCCAAUUGUCGUUGGAAAAGGGUUGGACAAAAUAAACGAAGCGCUGGAGCGGUAUGUAGCUGGUGUUAGUGCUGCAAAGCUGGUUGUGGAGCUAUAG